AUGGAUGGCUGUACCAGCCGCUGCAGGCAGGGGGUGCAGAAGUUAAUCCAGUCCCUGCAGAGACUAGUCUCAGGAAAUCUCACUAAAGAUAAAACAGAUGAAGAACUCGAGAUGACCAUGGUGUGUCACAGGCCAGAAGGUCUUGAGCAGCUGGAAGCGCAGACCAACUUCACCAAGCAGGAGCUGCAGAUCCUCUAUCGCGGUUUUAAGAAUGAAUGUCCCAGUGGAGUGGUAAAUGAGGAGACAUUUAAACACAUUUACGCACAGUUCUUCCCUCACGGAGAUGCCAGCAUGUACGCACAUUAUCUCUUCAAUGCAUUUGACACCACGAACAACGGCUCUAUUAAAUUUAAGGACUUUGUGAUGGGCUUAUCUAUUCUGCUGAGGGGCACUCUGAGGGAAAAGCUGGAGUGGACGUUUCAUCUUUAUGACAUCAACAGAGAUGGAUACAUAAACAGAGAGGAAAUGACAGAGAUCGUGAGAGCCAUUUAUGACAUGAUGGGCAAGUACACCUACCCUGCAAUAAAGGGCGACAUCCCCCAGCAGCACGUGGAUGCCUUCUUCCAGAAAAUGGACAAGAAUAAAGAUGGAGUUGUGACUAUGGAGGAGUUUAUUAUAGCCUGCCAAGAGGAUGAAAAUAUGAUGAGAUCCAUGCAGCUGUUUGAAAAUGUGAUGUAGGACAAAUGGAAAUGAAGGAGACAAAAAACAUGAAGAAAAAAUAGCAGAGGGCUUGGUCUGUGUGUGUGUGCAUGGGUGCAUAUGUGCAGUACAUCCAGUCACUCCUCCUCUAAAUGUUCUGAGCUCUGGAUCCAACCAGAACCUCCUGCAG